AGCUCAGCAGAAGCAGGAGCUGAGAUGGAUAAUGCAGCCUCUAAGCUGCAUCUUGCUUGUUGGGUUUCUCCUGUUUGGCAAACUUGAAAGAUCAAUUUUAUAUAAACCAGGGAAAAGAAGACAAUUGCCUCCACUUUGAGUGAUGAUGUAUCUGCUUUACUAUUAUUGAGGGAAUAAGAAUGUUUCAGGGAGAGAAAUCACGUGAAAAUAGAUUCAACAAACUGAUAUCACUGAGCCCUUAGUGGAUGAAGAAAGAAAGAAAGAAGACUGGAGGAAGAGGAACCGACUCAGCUUUUGCUUGUCACGCAAAGCAGGAAGAAGGACAUGCAGAUGGGCGUCUGGCUCAGAGGAGAUGCAGUACAGAAUCCCUGGCAGAAGCUCGAAAUGGAUGACUUCUGCUGAUGCUUUUUGACAGGUUCAUCUCCUCUUUUCCUGUUUGAGAUGGCUGAUACUAUCAUCAGGAAAAAUUUCUAGAAUAAGCCUGAGUGACGUCUCUUUCCUUUAAUUCCACCUUUUACACGUCUACAACCCAUCAGACAAAAUGAGCAGUCCACUACAAGAGGAGUCUCCAGAGCCCCAGAGCUCCGAUGAGCUUGAGUGCAAGAUCUGUUACAAUCGCUACAACCUGCGACAGAGAAAACCAAAAGUACUGGAGUGUUGUCACCGAGUAUGUGCCAAAUGCCUCUGCAAGAUCAUAGACUUCGGCGAUUCUCCUCAGGGAGUCAUAGUUUGCCCAUUUUGUAGGUUUGAAACAUGCCUGCCAGAUGAUGAGGUUAGUAGUCUUCCCGAUGACAAUAAUAUCAUUCUGAAUUUAGCUUGUGGGGGAAAGGGAAAGAAGUGCCUACCAGACAACCCAACGGAACUGCUGCUGACUCCCAAAAGGUUGGCGUCUCUGGUUAGCCCUUCUCACACCUCUUCAAAUUGCCUGGUUAUAACAAUCAUGGAAGUACAAAGAGAGAGUCCCCAGACUCUGAACUCGACGCCCGUGGUGGAAUUUUACAGGCCUACAAGUUUUGACUCUGUUGCAACUGUGUCCCACAACUGGACAGUGUGGAACUGCACAUCUUUGCUCUUCCAGACCUCAAUUCGGGUGCUAGUUUGGUUGCUAGGGUUGCUGUACUUCAGUUCCUUGCCUUUAGGGAUUUACUUACUGGUAUCUAAGAAAGUCACCCUUGGGGUUGUCUUUGUAAGCCUUGUUCCCUCGAGCCUUGUUAUUCUCAUGGUUUAUGGCUUUUGCCAGUGUGUUUGCCAUGAAUUUCUAGACUGCAUGUCUUCUUGACAACAAAUGCAGUGAAAUAAGGUACACUGCCACAUGUGUAGCAUAGUUGAUUUAGCCUGUCUUUGUAUUCUUAUUUAUUUUUAUUGUCCAUCCCACUGAGAGAAAGCAGUGACCCAUGUUAUACGGUUCUUUUAAAAAUUGGAUUAUUUAUUGUUUUCUCUUUAUUUUCUUUACCUUUUAGCUAAGUAAUGACUUAAAUUUUCCAUGUUCUUUUAAAGGGCUGGGUUGUAGAAAGGGGUAAUGGAAAACUGCCAAACUUGGUGUCUGCUGCUGUUAUUCAAAUAAGUAGCCCCUUGCUUUUGGUUGGCUCGAUCAUGCAAUUUGAGGCUGCAGGAUCUGCCCUAGGAGAAUUUAGUAUAACAGGCACCUUCCAGUUCAACGUGUAGCAUCUCUUAAUGCAGAGAAUCUCAUGCUCUGAGAUAUCUGUUAUUUCUGGUAGCAAAGGAAAUCACUUAGUUAAUAACAAGAAUAAGACAAGUUAAUGUUUGUUCUUUUCAGUUCUUGUUACAGCAAAAAUGUUUGUGGGGUACCCAGUGGUCACAGAUUUUUGGUGUUCUGCGGCAUGAGGAACAUUUCCUCAUGCUAACAACACAUCUCCAAAACACUUUCCCUAUGCAGAAGCCCACUUUGCUUGUCCAGUAGUUGCAGCUUCAUCUCCUGCGAUGGAUUACUUCCAGGGACCUGGCCACGUUUGUUCUCAUCUAGGUGCACUAAAUAAGUGUGUGUAACUCUUUGUUUCCUUUGAGAGUUCAGAGAUCUGCAAGCUUCUCCGGCUGUGUUCCAUAAUGUUUACCCUCAUUCCAAGUGUUUCCACCACCACACCACAGUUCCAACCUUUUAGUUCUUGUAACAAAUGCACACCUACGCUUAGGGUCGCUACACUGGAAAACUUCCCCUAUGUGACUUUAGUUGUAAUAAUAGAUCUUUUUGCCUGAUCAUUAGCACCUGGACCUUCACUGACUAAUGCACGUUUCAGAAAAGUUCUGAAAUGAUUGAUGUGUGGGGUUUUUCUGCUUUUUUUGGGUGGUUUUCUUUUUUCGAUCCCACAGAAUAAGCACUGUGAUAAUACUCUGGGAAGGAUUCUUUUUUGUGCAUCGUCCUUCAAUAUAUUUAAUACUCUGAACUCCCUCUGUCACCAUUGUGAGUCGAUGGCACCCCAGCUGUGGCAAUUAGUGCAACUUGACUAUGUUGAAUUCAGAGGAACUAGGGGUGAUUUACCAUUCCAUAAAUACAAUCAGGCCCUACAAGGUUUGCUUGUACAUCGUGUGGUUGAGGCUAAAUUUUCAUCUACUGGAAGAGCACGAAAAUAAGUCAUGUUUAAUAUUUGUGUGUAUAACUAAGUCUAGGCAAUGCCACAGCUGCAACCUGGCUUUCCUGAGCACAGCAGAGUGAAAAAUGAGAAGCAGCAGCUGAUCAGUGCUAGCACAGCUUUUGGAUCAGGCAUGAUAUCUAGUAACCUCAAGGCACGGUGUAAGAAGAAGAUGGGUUGGUUGAAGGAAGGCUGAGUAGAUGGCCUAACCAUAUGUUCUUAGGGCAAAAUGACUUUGGUAAGAGUGAAAAAAUGUUGAUGGGGAAAAGGAGAGCUUAAGUGGUUGUUGUGUCUAUCAAGAGGAUCUGAAUUCAAAUCAGUCCAAUUUUUGUUGCUGGUACAGAUAAUACCUACGGUUUCAUUCCUAUUGAAAUCAUAGGAGAAGUGUGAAAUGUGAAGGUCCCGCUUUUCUUGACACUCAAGUUUAUAAUAGUGCAUAUAUAUGUGUGUGUAUGUAUAUAUAGACACAUAUGUAAGAAGAAAACCUAUAGCAAAAUUAUAGUUUUCAAGUGUGUGGAGUUGCAGAGCUUUGUAUUGAAUGAUUAAAGGAAAUGUUUCAAACUUCUCUGUAAUCACUGGAUAACAAUUAGAACUAAAACAUUUUCAGAAUUCCUAGAAAUGACUAUUCCUAAGUAAUUGUUUUGAUGUUUGUGGUAAAGCAUAUAGAGUUAGAAGAGCUGUAUUCUCCAAUCCCCGUAUAUUGCAAGGUUUGACUCAUCUAUGAAUUCAUAAAUUUUCAAUCUCCCAACGAUAAUCAUGUCAAAAAAGCAAGAACGAUAGAAAUCUAUGUGAUUUAAUGGUACUUCAUAACUCUGGGAGAAGAUGUGUUUGUAGUGUUAGGGAUUUAUGUGUUUUAGGGUAUGUUCAAUUUGUCUGAAUAUAAUAUCUUUAAUAAAGGGCUGGCUAAUACAGGAUGUAGGUUUUGCAAAUGUGUGAUGUAUCUGUGUUCCUCCUGCACAACGUGUCUGCAAUGCUACCUGUUGUCUUCUCCUUAUUUUCUUCCCGGUUCAUUAUGAUCAUUUUAGCUCCAGAUCAGAUUUGUACUGUUUUACAACAGAGCCUCGUCUUGGCAGGAUUGCAUGGUACCAGUUACACAUCGCAGCACAAACAAAUACACUUGUUGUGUUAUACUUCACUAUUUUCUAAGGCUGCCACACAGUUAAAUUUACACUGUUAUUUUAGAUUCUGCUGCAAUACUAAUCCACUCAAAAAUGCGAGUGCAGAAAAACAUUGAUUGUGUAGCUGCUCUGCUGCUUAGCCAGAGCACAUUAUUACAGCUUUGCUCUCAUAAAAUUCCUGUGUGACUUAUAAUGUGGCCACUGAGAAUUGCCAGGGGGUCUCAAUCUCAGUUAUUUGUGGAAUUGAGGGGAGAAGAUAUUUACUGUGUGACUGAGGCUGGAAGAACUUCAGGUAGUACUCUGCCAUUCUUUUUAUUCUUCACCACCCUUAAGACUGAGAACUGAAAACUCAUGGCUCUCACACCCUCUGCAGUGGAAUAGUUCUGCUGAUCUGCGUAAAUGGGGCUAGAAUCAAGUCCUGCACACCCUCUGCCGGUGUUUCCCUCCCUUUCUAUGACUUCUUUUUUUGUCUCCUGUGGUCAUAAAAUACUACGCUCAUGCCAAGAGAAUUCUAUGGGUAGGAUUUUGUUCCCUCUUUGCCCAAGCGUGUGAGUCAACAAGGUACAAAGUGUUAUAAAUUCAUUACCACGGGAUUGUCUUACCCCCAAUGAUGUGUUUUUGUGUUUUAAUUCCUGCUUAUCUUGUGAGUACAGAGUGUAUCCUCAUCAGCUGCUAGUUUGCAGUACAGUGUGAGGCUGUUCACUGAGGGCUGAAUCAUGCAGAAGCAUCAUGGGGCACAGUGUUGGAAGGAUGUUGAGGUGGCUCUUCCUCUGAGCAGGACCUCAUGCAGGAUGGAGCUCUCUUGCAAGCAUGGCCCGAGCCCAGAGCCUGAAAAACAGCCAGUGUGUUACACGAGGAGAGGGCUGCAAGGGAGGCAAUGGGCCUUCAGGGCUGUGAUGUACUGGGCAGUGGGCUGUGGGGCCAGCUGUGGAGCUGAGGGACAGCUGUGGAGAUUAAAGGGCACGGAACAGAAUGUUGGACCUUUGGGCAGAGCUGUGCAAAGCAGGGAGGGAUCUUUUCCUGGGGUAAAGCGGCGGUGUUUAAGUGAGCUGGGAGCAGAGCUGCCAGUAAAGAUUUUCAGGCUGAUCUUUCUAAUUUUUCAAGUUUGUUUGGUAAUGAAAGUCACUUGGCACUGCUACUACAGUUGAGUGUUUUCACUUUCUACAUGCCAAGUUAUUGGCAUUUGUAGUUUAAAAAAAAAAAGAAAGAAAAGAUUCUUAGAUUUAGACACAGUUCCUCUAUGACAUAAACUAUUUAAAGCUUUGGUCUGGUAAAUGAGAUUGACUAAAUCCCAUUUGGAUUUCCUUAGCUGCACAGCGAGCUUUGUCCUGCUAUAUUGACCGUAUGCCCGCAAAACUGUAUAUGCCAAUAUAGAAUGCAAUUAAACAGGUGAAACCUUUUUAAGGCUGUUCUGAUGUCAAAGCAGGCCAAACACAUGGCUACGUCCCGCUUUGUCCUGGCUCAUCCCAAACCAGUGAGGGGCUGCCUCAAGCCUGAGGAGCACCACGACCUGAUUCCGUGCCCUGUGCCACCUCUGUGGCUGCUCACUCCAGCUGUGGAUUCUGCUUUCUGGUAAAGCAGGCGCCGGUCCUCAUUUCAUCUUCCUGUAGGGAAGGUGCACAGCAUUCCACUCUCAAACAAACUCAUUGUGACUACCUUAAGUUUUCCCAGAUUUUGUUGCAGCAUUUCUUUGUAUUUUUUAACAAAAGCAAGGCAAUGCAAUUUAUUUAAAUGGAGCAGUGCCUUCAAGUAGAAAAAAAUGGGGGAGGAAGAAGAGUUGAAAAUCAUGAAACCAUUUUAAGAGCUUCGAAGUGAUGGAAAGAGACCGUUCCGAGAGUCAAUAUUUUCUUUCAUGCUGGCAGAUUAGAUGUUAUCCUUUAAGUGACGUCAGUAAACAUUCAGUGCUGGAGAGUCCUCAGGGAGUUUAUACGUCGGCACGAAACCUCCGUUCCAAUGGUUUUCUGUACAGCAUCAUUCUGCCUCCUGCAUCAGCUCUCCUUGUCUGAAGUUGAGCCUCGCAGUUGGAGGAGCUCUGGUUCAGAAAAUAGAUCCCCCAUAUGGGGAUGCUAAAUUACCUUUCCAGAGACGUGUGUGGUGGUAACAAAGCUUUCAGCUCCAGACCUUACAAAGAGAAGUCAUCUCACAGUUUGAAUUGGUAGCAUAAAUUUCAGCUUAAAUCAAAUUUCAUUGUGUUUGGCAAUGCUACAGCUAAAAUCAUUUUAUUGUAUUUCUGCCUCCUGCUUGUGUUAUGUGGAUGUGGUUUGCAUGAAAAAAAAAAAGUGUAUUAAAUCAUGAAAAUCAGAGAUGGUUGGAAAAAAUCCUAAGAAGUCA